AUGGCUCGUCUUAUGUCAAGAUUAGUCGAUAAGAAACGUCUAAGUUCCACUCUCAACGACGACACACCAUCCUCGGCUUCCACAAAACCCACCCGCGAACGCACCCCGAUGGCAGCAACUCGAUCUUCCGCCCGUCUUGUCAAGCUCAACCAAAUGGGAAAUAACCAGGUAGACAACUCCGAUCACGAGAAGAGCGUGAAGGUCAACGGGAAGGCCAAGCAGCAACGUGAAGACAUGGAAGCAAGCCUUCAAUCACCUCCAUAUGUCAUUAGUCCAAUUUCAAAUGAUCGAUCGCCAGCACAACUCAUACCAUCGAACCUGGUCGUCAUGCGGCAACGUCGAACUCUGGUUGUUCAGGCUCUCCUGUUUGUGGCUAAGCCUAACGAUGUGGACCUCGACACCGGACCAGUCGUGCGAGAAGAUGCCAUGCAAGAACAGAGCACAAGCACAGGUGUUCUUCGAAAAGACCCUACGACACAAGAUGGUCUUUCCGCAACCGAACCUGCCAGCGACAAGCGCCGUUCCGUACCCUACACAUUGCCAAUGCUCACAACAUCUGGCGCUAAAGUUACAGACACAUUCAAUUUUAUCGAAUUUGAUCUUGGAUCCCGUGCAGUACACAUCGGUAUUCCUCUUUCAGAAAAAGGAAAUGUCGUGAGGGGAAUCGAUGUCAAGAGUGCAGUUUCUUCAGCAUACAGAAUAUCCUUGUCAUAUGUGAACAUAGACACGGAACGAAAUGCGUCCAUCGCUGGAUUUUGGCUCAUUAACACGGACGAUGACGGACAACAAACUGCUUCCGAUUAUUACGUCCUGCGCGAAUCUAUCUCUGACGAGCAUGUCACACAAUUCCUGUUCGCCCAAGGUCCGGUCCUACCUAAGAUCUGUUAUGUACUUAAAGCUGAGUCUUGGACUGCUGCUGGAAACAAGAACUUCCAGGUCAAGUUCUGUGACAAUCCGUUACACAAAUCUACACACCUCGGCUCUCCACCGCUUCUCAAUGCUCUGGCCUCAGACGAGCAGAAGUCGAUCCGGAUCGAAGCCCUUACCAAAGAACUUGCCGAGCUGAAAGUGGUCCACAAGGCAGCCAUGGAAGAGCUAGCGACAACUAAGAGGCAGGCUUUGCACGGUUGA